AUGGCGCCUAAUCUCAACAACUGCAGAGUGCUCAAAGAAGAGCCGCUCGCUUCUUCUGAUGCCAAAUGGACCGCUUUGAGAAAANNAUCACAUAUAACAAUGCGGAAAACGCCACCAAGAUCUGGGNAAUCAGCCGUAAGACCGACUCGACCAUCCAAUAGUUCGAUAGAUGCAGUGGGCAUCGUCGCCAUCCUGGAGAAGCCCAAUGGACCAGAGUUGCUUCUGCAAAAGCAAUAUCGUCCGCCUAUCGACAAGGUUUGUAUAGAAGUUCCCGCUGGCUUGGUAGACGAAGGCGAAGAUGCAGAAACUUGUGCACUUAGAGAGCUCAAAGAAGAAACUGGCUAUGUGGGAGAAGUGAUCAAAGGCACUUUGGGAGUGACACCGGUGAUGUUCAAUGACCCGGGGUUCUGUAAUACGAAUCUGAAUAUGGUCCACGUACGUCUAGAUAUGUCGAACCCCGACAAUCAAAACCCACGACCAGAACUCGAAGAGAAUGAGUUUAUCGAAUGUUUCUCGAUUCCGUUGAAAAUACUCUACGAGGAAUGCAGGAGGUUCGAGACAGAAGGAUAUGCUAUAGAUGCCAGGGUGCUCACACUGGCCGAGGGCAUUGAAGUAGCUCGACAAUUCAAGAUCGUCUAG